UCUAACUAAAUUAGCUCAAAUAUUUGCAGGUUGUCUUCAAAUCUCAAGAUUCUUAUUACCUUAUAUAUAUAUUUAGAAUCCAGAGUAUAGUUCUUUUACUAAAAGAGAUCAAGAUUCUUAUUACUAAAAGAGAAGAAACAUCAGUAAUGGAGUUACUAAGUUCCACAAAUACUUCACCUCUAACUCCUCUAGGUUUUCUCGAAAGAGCAGCUAUUGUAUAUGGUGAUUGUACCUCUAUCAUCUACAAUGAAACCACUUACACAUGGAAGCAGACAUACUCUAGAUCUCUGCAACUCGCUUCUGCUAUUAAAUCACUCGGCAUCGGAUGUGGUCAAGUCAUCUCAGUUUUAUCACCUAAUGUUCCUGCCAUGUAUGAGCUUCAGUUUGCAAUACCAAUGAGUGGUGCCAUUCUCAGUAACAUGAAUACACGUCUUGAUGCACGUACAAUUUCAAUACUCUUACAACACAGUGAAUCCAAACUCAUAUUUGUUGAUUUUCUUUCUCACUCUAAAGUUCUAGAAGCUUUCUCUCUUUUUCCUUCUAAUAUUAAACCUCCACUUCUCGUGAUCAUUAAUGAUGAUGAUUGUGAUGAUUUGGUUGAAACAAAUGGCUCAAAUCCGCUUCCAGCCGUUGAUCUUGAUAUGACUUAUGAGGAACUAAUGAAGAAAGGAGAUCCAUAUUUUAAAUGGAUUCCACCACAGAGUGAGUGGGAUCCGAUGGUGUUGAAUUACACAUCUGGUACAACAUCAUCUCCCAAAGGAGUUGUUCAUUCUCACCGUGGUCUGUUCAUCGAGACUGUUGAUUCAAUUAUUUAUUGGUCAGUACCAAAACAACCUGUUUAUUUAUGGACUUUACCUAUAUUUCAUGCAAAUGGUUGGAGCUUUACAUGGGGAAUGGCUGCAGUUGGUGGGACUAAUAUUUGUCUACGUAAAUUUGAUGCUUCAACUGUAUUCAGUUUGGUAAAUCAGCAUGAUGCUACUCACAUGUGUGGUGCCCCAGUUGUUCUCAAUAUGCUAGCCAAUGAACCAGGUAAACAACCACUUAAGAGGCCAGUUCAAAUCUUAACUGCAGGGGCUCCACCGCCGGCACCGGUGCUUUUCCGAGCUGAAUCAUUGGGUUUCAUUGUAAGUCAUGGAUAUGGGUUAACUGAAACUGCUGGAUUAGUUGUUACGUGUGAGUGGAAACCCGAGUGGGAUCGAUUAUCUGGAGAUGAACGAGCUAGGUUGAAGGCAAGGCAAGGGGUUCGAACGAUUGCAACUGCUAAAAUAGACGUGUUGGAUGUGGAAUCGGGUUUGAGUGUAAAACGAGACGGGUUAUCACUUGGUGAAGUUGUUAUACGUUGUGGAUCAAUCAUGUUAGGUUACUAUAAGGACCCUAUAGGUACAAGUAAAUGCUUAAAGGAAAAUGGAUGGUUUUAUACGGGAGACGUAGGUGUAAUUCAUCCUGAUGGGUAUUUAGAGAUUAGAGACAGAUCAAAGGAUGUGAUUAUAAGCGGUGGAGAGAAUUUGAGUAGUGUGGAGGUGGAAUCAGUAUUGUACUCGCACCCAGCGAUUAACGAAGCAGCUGUGGUCGCUCGACCAGAUGAGUUGUGGGGCGAGACUCCUUGUGCUUUUGUGAGCUUAAAGUCAGACUCGGAUCAGCCGUCAGAGAAGGAACUCAUUGAGUUUUGUCGCAAUAGGUUGCCUCAUUAUAUGGUGCCCAAAACAGUUGUCUAUAAGGAAGAGCUGCCAAAGACAUCAACCGGGAAGAUUCAGAAGUUCGUACUAAGAGAUUUGGCAAAGGCUUUAAGAGUACCUAAAGCAAGACUGAACAUCACAUUUAGAAGGUCGCAUAAGAAAGCCCAAGCCUUUUCCUUUAUACAAAUGAAAACCAAUAUGAAUCUAUCCUUUGUUUAGAUGUAAUGCAUCUGUUUGUUUGGUAUGAAUAUCAGAGGACUGUUGUUUACGAUGUCUCUCUUCAAUCAAUAAAGAGUUUAUUUUUUCUUUUGAAC